CGCUGAAGGAAGAAAAUUUCUGGGGAAUCGUCUUGCAUUUCAUUAUUAUGACAUUAUAUGAUAUUUCAUAUUAGUGUUACAUUUAAGGUGUUAGUAGGAGAGCUGAAGAACCAUAGGACAAUGCACAGUGUGUUCUUCUAAAAAGAGCCUGUUCACUUAAAAUCAGCAAUGUCUGGUGAAAGUGUUAUGGAUGUGAUGGAGGCUCCAUCCAUGAUGCCAAGUGCUCUAAAAGAUGCCCAGCCAGAGGAUCUGGAUUUGGAAUCUAAUUCAAGUCAGGUGCCAUCAGUUGACGGGAACAUUGACUGUGAGGAUUCUUUGGGACUUGACCUAAGCUUAGGUCUUUGUGAUGAAGAACCAGCUCUUUGUGAUGGAGACGCAGUUGUUGAGGGGGACCUGCCUGGGGAGAAUGAACUGGAAGAUGCAUCUGAUGAUGAGGACUAUGAAGAAGAGGACAGUGAAGACAGUGAUGAGGAAAGUGGUGAGGAGUCGAGUGAUGACGACGACGAUGAUGACAAUGAAGAUGAUGAACUUCCAAGUGAGGAGAGUGGUUCUGAAGAGAAAGGUGAUAACGCUAAAGAUGGUGUUGGUGCUGCUGCUGAUGAUGAUGACGAUGGUGCUAUUAUGGAUGUUGAGGCUGAUGUUUUAGACAUGGAACCUCCUCUGGGCUUAGAUUCUAUUGUUGAUGAUCCCAUUCCCAUCGAACUUGACACAGCAGAGAAGGAAAUUGUUGAUAACAUUACAGGCAGCAAGGUAAAGGAGAAGACUGAUUCAGAAGUGCCCACAAAGACUAAAAAGGUUAAAAGGAAAAGAAAGUCGAAAACGAAAUCCGAUCGGCCCAAGAAAAAGGCUAAAACAAAAUCGGCACUCAGAAGAAGAAAUAUCAGACAAAUAAUGACAGAAACACAGUUGGAUGCUAAAACAGUAGAGGCACAAAAUGAGGAAUUGGAAAGAAAACGACGAUUAAUGGAAAUUAAAAAGUCCAUUAUGCAGAAAUCCCAAAUUAUACCCGAAGAAAAAGAUUUUCAGUUGAAGUCUUUGCUACAAGUUGCGGAAGAGGAGGCAGAGAAAGCGGCAAGCAAGGAAAUAAAACUUCUGGACACUGAAGACAAAAAAGUGGAAAAAGUUAAAGACAAAGAUCCGUGUAUUAUAGAUGUGAGCAGUAGCAGUGAGGAGGAGGAGGAAGAGGAAGAGCCUGAUGAAUGUUUCAUCGUCCCGAGUGAUCCCGAGGAAGAGGAGAUUGAGGAGGAAGAUCCUAACAAUGGAGGUUCGCACAUCAAUGAUGAGUGCAACCAGCGAGACGACAUGGGCCGUGUCCACGUCAAUAUCGGUCAUCCGCCAUUUGACCCAGACGUCUACCUGGCUCCUCAGAUAGCUAGGGCAAUUAAACCACAUCAAAUUGGAGGUGUCCGAUUUUUGUAUGACAAUCUGGUGGAAUCGCUGGCUCGCUUUAAGACCAGCAGUGGAUUUGGGUGUAUUCUUGCUCACAGUAUGGGCUUGGGUAAAACUAUUCAGAUGAUUGGUUUCAUUGAUAUAUUUCUACGCUACACGGAUGCCAAAACGGCAAUCUGUAUAGUGCCCAUCAACACCCUGCAGAACUGGAACAAUGAGUUCAACAUGUGGCUGCCCACAAAGAAACCGGACGAAGAGGGGACACCGGAUGCUCCUGACAUCUUGUACCGUGCUUUCCAAGUCUUUGUGCUCAAUGACAGUUACAAGACGACAGCUUCAAGAGCCAAAGUUAUAGGUGAAUGGUAUAAAAAUGGUGGUGUGUUGCUUAUGGGAUAUGAGAUGUAUCGUCUGCUUUCAUCACGGCGAGCCUUUCCGAUCAAACCAAAGAAAUCGAAGAAGAAGACGAAUGAACCUGAGGUUAUUGAUGUUGAAGAGGAAGACAUGAACAAAACUCUUAUGAUUGAUAUACAUGGAGCUUUGGUGAACCCUGGUCCAGAUCUAGUUGUGUGUGAUGAAGGUCAUCGGAUCAAGAACAGUCAUGCAGGCAUAUCUCAGGCCUUGAAGAAUAUCAGAACAAGACGGAGGGUGGUGCUUACAGGCUACCCACUACAGAACAAUCUGGUGGAGUACUGGUGCAUGGUGGAUUUUGUCCGCCCAUCCUUCCUCGGUACUAGGACCGAGUUCACGAACAUGUUUGAAAGGCCUAUCAUGAAUGGACAGUGUGCUGACAGCACACCCCAGGACAUCAAACUCAUGCGAUACAGAGCAUACGUUCUUCAUAGUCUUUUGGAAGGAUUUGUCCAGAGGCGAGGUCACACAGUGUUGAAAUCGGCACUUCCACCAAAGUAUGAGUAUGUGUUUUUGAUUCGAAUGUCACCGGUCCAACGAGCCCUGUACAACAAAUUCAUGGGGACGCUGACUGAUUCAGCCUUGUGUGCCUGGGCCAACAAUAACCCACUCAAAGCUUUUGCUGUUUGUUGUAAGAUCUGGAAUCAUCCUGAUGUGUUGCAUAAGGUUUUGAAGAAGAAUGAAAUUGACGACAAUGACCUUGACAUUGACACAGAAACUGGAACUACCAAAAAGAAGACCAAGCCAGCUGCUGGGAUCAAAAUCAAAUCUGACAUGUUUUCAGACCGCAAACUAGAAAAUGCCAUUUCUUACGAAUGGUCACAGGAGAUUUUAAAAGACUACACGUCUGGAUUGUUAGAUAAUGGUGGCAAGAUGGCUAUUCUCUAUUCAGUCCUCAAGCAUUCACUUGCCAUUGGUGAUAAGGUUCUUGUCUUCAGCCAAAGUUUGUUAACUCUGAGUAUCGUGGAAGACUUUCUGAGUAAAGAAGAUGUUCCCAGACCUGAUAUGAAUGAAAAAUGGGCAAAAAACAAGUCCUAUUAUCGUCUGGAUGGUAGCACAUCUGGCACUGAUCGAGAGAAGCUGAUCAACUCUUUCAAUGAUCCUACCAAUGACAAAAUCUGGGUUUUCUUGCUGUCCACCAGAGCUGGUUGUCUUGGAAUAAAUCUGAUUGGUGCCAACCGAGUCAUAGUGCUUGAUGCUUCCUGGAAUCCAUGUCAUGACUGUCAGGCUGUUUGUCGUGUGUUCCGUUUUGGACAGAAAAAGUGUUCAUUCGUGUACCGGUUUGUAACAGACAACACCAUGGAAAAGAAGAUCUAUGACAGACAGAUUUCCAAACAGGGCAUGUCAGAUCGUGUUGUGGAUGAACUGAACCCAGACCACAAGUUUACUUCCAAUCAAGUUGGAAAUCUCUUGGUCUAUGAGGACAGAGACCUGCCUCAAGUUGAUUUCAGCAGUUGUGCAAACCAACAUGAAGAUUCAGUGCUUGAUUCUGUGCUCGGUGAACAGGGACAGUGGCUCACAAAGGAUCCCUUCAGACAUGAGUCGUUACUAAUAGACAGAAAGGAAUUGCGUCUCACUAAGCGAGAGAAACAGUUAGCAAAGGAAGGCUAUGCCAGAGACAAGAAGAUGAACGUGUCGUACAGCCGGCCAUCUUACACUACAUUCUAUCCUCGUGGACCCGGGAGUCAGCCAAACAAUACUUUUGUGAGGCCAUUCAUCAAGCGGAUAUAUCCGUCUCGACCUGUGGCAAGUGUUAAACCAAUGAUCUCCACACCAGUGCCAAUGAGACUGAGGAUUCCCGGUGACAAAGCCUCUCAGUUUGGAUCACUUGUUCGACCUGGUGUCACAGUUCAUCAAGUUAUUACUACGACAGAUAUUGUGUUGCCUGGCAACAAUACCAACACCCAGGCAGGUAUGCCACGCCGGAUCCCUGCUGGUCAGAAUGUUCUCAUAAUAAAGACAUUGAAAGGUGUUUACAUUCGCACCAGUGACGGGAAGCUGUUUGCUGUCCGCUCGAAGAAUGCUAAAGCCAGCAUUGUGACUACUCUGUCGGGAACAGUGUCCACCAGUACCAGUACAGCUACCCAAUCAACAGCCCAAUCCAUCGAAUCUACAACUACGACAGUGUCCACCGCUAGUCAGCCAACCACUGUAUCAGCCCAGGCACAGACGAGCACACCACAGGCAGACAAUCUAGGAUCUGAUCUCUUCAAAACAAUCUUUUCUCAGACGAAAGCUGUGAACGAUCUUCUCAAAUCACAGCAGACAUCAGUGAGCAAAAUAACAUCUCUGAACAUCAUAGGUGCAUCGGGAGGAACCGUGAAGGUGAAAAGGGAUACGUUCGUGAAGACCCCACUUACAGAUUCUUUAAAUCAGUACUUAAACUCAGGCCAGAUGAACAAGCAGGUUCCGAGUGCUAGUUCGUCAGAGUUGAACGAUAAGAAUAAAUCCAGUUCGCCAGAAUCAAAUGAGAUGGACACAGCAGGCAGUCCAUCUAAUUCUUUGUUACAGAAUGUGGCAUCUGCUGUUCAUUCAGAAUCAUCUACAUUGCCCGUGGUGAGCAUAGCACAGACAACUUCAGCUUCACAGAACAUUCAGAGUGUUCAUUCAGCGUCACCCACAUCAGUUCAGGCAGAAUCAUCUGUUUCGAGUACACGGACCGUUCAGAUGGAAUUACCCAAGUCCGAUACCAGGCCAAUUCAGUCGGGAACACUUAUGUCAGUCCAGUCAGGAAUGCCUACGUCUAGCAUGAAAACUGUUCAGUCAGAAACAUCUAUGGCAAACAUGCGGAAUGUGCAGUCAGAAAUGCCCAUGUCAAACAUGAGGAUUAUGCAGUCGGAAAUGCCCAUGGGAAGCAUGAGGACUAUUCGGUCAGGAUCGUCUGUGUCAACAAACAUACGGAAUAUUCAGUCAGGACCAUCUGUGUCAUCAAACAUGAGAAAUAUUCAGUCAGGACCUUCUGUGUCACCAAACAUGAGGAAUAUUCAGUCAGGACCGUCUGUGUCAUCAAACAUGAGGAAUAUUCAGUCGGAAUUGCCGAUGUCGAACAUGAGGACCAUUCAGUCGGAGUCAUCCAUGCUGAACAUGUUGAGAAUUCAGUCCGAAUCGUCUCUGAUGAGUUGUAGGUCCAACUCAACAGAUUCACUUCUCUUGGACUCUGACUCCAGACAUUCUGAAGGCAUGUCUCAGCCACCGCCCAGCAAUGUCUCGGACUCCCAGGACAAUUCGGUGAAGUUUGAUCUUCCUGAUGACUUUGACGAUGAGGAUUCAGAAUCAGAUGAGUCUGCUUAUUUCAACCAGGGCAAUCAGGGACCUUCACAACCAGACCUUUUCACUGGAGGUCCGAGUUAUGGAUUUUCUUCUUACCCAUAUCAUGACUUUCAUCAUCAGAUUCCCAAGAUUGGGCAUACAGAGGACUCAUGGCAGCAGCCUCUGCAAUCAGCCUCAACAAACAACUCGGAGAAGUCAGCUCAUUUAACUAACAACGGAAAGAAAUUACGGAAAAUAAAACCUGCCGUUAAGAGUGUUCCCGAUGAUGACCUGUUCGGUGGUCUAGAGCGGAUAACGCCGUCAGACAGUCCGUUAUCGCAGGAGGACCACAGCAAUAACAGCAGCACACAGCUACCGAUUGCUCCGAACCCGUUCUUACAAGCAGGCCUCGGAGGCUAUUCCUACCCACCUUUCAUGGCUCCCAACCCUGGCAUGGGCUACCAACCGAACUUCUCGAUGGGAAUGCCAGCGCCUGUCUCAAUGAUGCCCAGUGGUCAUCCCGGCAUGUUUGGAGCCGGGAUGGGUCAGGGCUACCCAGCUCCGGCGAUCAGCCAAACCUCGAACACCAGCACAGUGAGCAGCAGUCAGAGUAACCAGGGUAACCAGUCGAUGGUGUCGCCGGCAGCAGGCCACAACAACCACAUGCCCUUUGGGAUGCCCUACCAGCAGAGCAUGUACGGGUUUGCGCCGCCACCCAUGUCGUACCCACCGAUGCAUCCCUUCAUGAUGCCCAGCGCCAACCCAGCGCCCAUGUACAUGCCGAUGGCGAUGCCACCGAUGAUGAACCAGCCCAUGACGUAUCCCCAGCAGCAGAUGGGCCACAUGAACCAGUAUCAGCAGAACACGAACACUAGUCAGGAGGCUGACUCGAAUACUCGCAACACGCCCAAUUCCACAUCCAGUCAAGGGGAUCAAGGUGACUGAAAACAAUGUGUGUAUGGACAACUACUGUUUCAUCUCCGUGUAUUCUUACAUUUCUCUUGGUGUUAUUUCGAGUGCAAUGUUGUGUGUGUGUGUGUAUGUUUGUGUGUGUAUGUAUAUUAUAGUAUGUGACCUUUUUUAUGUGACCUUUUUUUUUCUCAAUCUAUUCGACAAUACACAUCUACACAUGCUGUGCAUGUUUACUAUUCUUUGUUGAAAAAAAAAAAAGGAAAAGAGAUAUAUUAUCUUUUUUAUUGUGACAUUAAAAAUUAUUAUUAAACCUGUAAUUGCUAGAUUACUUAUUUUUUAGACAUUAUAGUGCGUUUUCCCUCCAUUAUUAUCAAAGUUGUAUUUAAUAAUUGCUGUGAAGACUUCAGUUUGGAAUGAUCAUGAGAUGUAAAAAAAAAUUGCACUGAGUCUAAUAACAAAAUCGGUGCAGAACAAAAAAGAUACACGACUAAAAACAAAGGAGUUUGGUGAUUUUGCUAUAUUAUAUCUCUUUUUAUAAUUUUUACUACAUAUCACUGUCUGUUAGCGGUUUUUAUGGGUCUGGAGAAAAGUCUAAUUCAGCAUCCACUUUACAUGUCUAUUGGCAUUUACUUAAACCCAUUCUGUUCAGAUAACAUGUAAAACGGGUACUGGUAGAUAUUUACUAUACAGUAAUGUUUAUAGAUGUACAAUAUUAAUUACUAAUUAUGGUUUGAGUUGAAUGGAGAUGAGAUAUAUUUGCGAAGUAAUGUACUUGUAAUGUGAUUUAUGGUAAAUUAAAAGUGGCAGUAUGUAGCUUUGUUCUAUUUAUAAAAAUCGAAAAUUAAAAAGAAAAAAACAACGUAUAUUACUUUGUUUUGCAGAAAAUAAAGUUUACAACUGCACAGCACACACAAAAAACUACAUUGCAUAGUCUUCUACACCCCACCCCUCUUCCCUCAAAAGGAAGGAAAACUUAACAAAUAAAUUUCCAUUUGCAGUAAAGACUAUUUUACAGUUUAUAAAAAAUUAUUGAAAAUCCUGUAAUUGUUUUUUAUAUAAAAGGAAAUGUGAUAUGUUAACUAUUUUGAAUAAGUCAUACAGUUGGUUAACAACUGUACAUGAUGUUUCUCAACAAAAUACCAUUUAAUGAUUUCUAUCAAAUGAUUUGUAUUAUGUAUAUUUAAGAAUUUUUAGCUACUGUAAUCAGAUUUGCAUAGAAAAUUCCACCACUUUCUGUGGAUCAUGUAGUUUUUUUACUAUUUAAUAUUAGUUGAAACAGAAGAUAUCCAUUGGCUACAAAUUAAUAUUGGAAGUAUUUUUAUCAACCCUUUCCACAAUGAAAUACGUAUUCAACUCUGCUACAUGCUGUAUGCAUUUGGCAAAAUAUUAAAUAAUGUUUUCUAAUUUCUAUUAAAUGUUAUUUAACACAGUUAUUUAAUCAAUUGUAUACUUCAAAUGGAUUCUUAUUAUCUAUUUAUUGGAGCUAAAAAAAAUACAAAUGUUGGAGGACAAGCAGGCUUGUUACAUAGAACAUCUUGAAUUACAUUUUGUGACUUUUUUGUAGCACUUGAUGUGGAAUUUGUAUUAUAUUAAAGAUCAUACAUGUAAUGUUAUUUUGUGUCCUAUUAUUAGUAUAGAUUUAGUUAGGUGUACGUACAUAUAUUUCAGUGAAAUAUAUGGAUUUCGGAGAAUUGUCUAUACAUUCUUUUGUUACAUGUAUACAGCACUUUACAUACUAGAGUGUGUAAGGUAGAUGACCAAAUAUUUUGACAUGAAUACAUGAAUAGGUAAUUGUUAUAAAAUUAUUAAUUGCUCAUGUGUUUACUCCACAUGUACCAUUAAAGUCUGAAACAAUG